AAGCAGGCCGUUGAAGCUGACAACGCCGACUUCUUUGUUGACGUUUACAAAUUGAUACACACCGCAAGUCAGAUGUUUACGAUAUCAAUUGUCUUAAAUCUCUAAAAUUGGAAAUUAAUACAGAAAAGUCAUCAGCAGGCGACUGAAAGAUAACAAAUAAAAGUGGAUUAACUAGUGUUCGAUAAAGUGCAAGCGUUGUCAUCGGUUAAUUAUCAUUAAAAACAGUUAAUAAGUAACAUAUUUGUUGGUGCAGAUGUGAACUGUGUAAUACAAUGGCCUUUACAGACGAUGACACCUGUUUAACUGUAAAGAAAAAUACCACAGUUAUAACAAACGUGUACGAUGGAAUUCCGGAGACUCUAAUUUUGAAUGUUAUUUGCUGGAUAUUCCUACUACUGCUCUUUGCCAUUUUGCGAAACCGUGCUUGGGACUAUGGCCGUUUGGCUUUAGUGCACACAGAAAAAUGGACUCAACUCUUUUACAAAAACACUGAUGAGGCAGUGGCAGUUGAAGAAACCAGUGCUGAUAUCUCUAUGGUUCCCGAUACAGGAUGUCUGUGGUUUCCAUCUAUCUUCAAAAUCACCAAAAGCAAAGUUUAUGCAAGAUGCGGCCCCGAUGCUCUGCAUUAUCUUUCCUUUCAAAAGCAUAUACUCAUUCUAUUUGCCAUAAUCACCGUGUUCUCAAUUUGCGUUAUUCUCCCAGUGAAUUUCCAAGGAACACUUGAAGGAAAUAGUACAACCUUUGGGCACACGACUUUGAGCAACCUGGGCCCAUCUUCGAACUUACUAUGGGUUCAUGUAGUGGCGAGUUUAUGCAUGGUUCCACUGACAGUUUUUAUAAUGAAAAAAUGCUCCGGAAAAAGUCCCAGUACAUCAGCGUUGUCUUCAAGAACAUUGAUGGUAACACAUAUCUCAAAACCCCACCGAAAUAUCGAAGAUAUCAAAAACUACUUUGCUGUGCGAUAUCCACAAGUGGAUAUUCUGGACGUGCAAAUUACUUUUAGAAUAAAAAAAUUGAUCGAGUUAGAAAAGCAAAGGAAUAAGGCCCAUGAAGCAAAGCUGUAUUGCGUGGAAAAUAGUCAUAGAAGUUCUGAUUGUAUUCAAGUGCAACCAAAAGGUUGUAUAUGCUGUUGUCCAUGCGAUACAAUAGAUGCUCUGGCAUAUUACUCAAGAGAGGAGCAACGUUUGACUGAUUUGGUUUUAUCUGAACGCAGAAAUGCUCUGACCGCCCCAUUGGGAAUUGCUUUUGUAACAGUUGGCUCACAAGAACAGGCCGAAUAUGUGAUUCAUUCGUUUGAACCGGGUACUCUUCGACAUUGGAAUAUAACUCAUGCACCCACACCAGGAGAUAUUAAUUGGGAAAAUCUGGAAAUAUCCUAUCGAAACUGGUAUUCCAAAGCCAUAAUUAUCAAUAUCCUGUUAUUCCUGGUACUCUUCUUUUUAACUACUCCGAUUAUAUUUCUGAACACUUUCAAUCAAAUCAAUCAAGCCCAUGGAGACUUUAUCAAUAAAUUAAGCCCAGUGGUUUCACAAUUCUUUCCAACUCUGUUACUACUGUCCGUCUCGGCCGUAAUGCCAGUGAUAGUAGCAUAUACAGAUGAAUGGAUGUCCCAUUGGACAAAAUCAAAGCAAAACUUCUCUGUAAUGUUCAAAGCAUUUUAUUUCCUUCUUUUCAUGGUGUUAAUAUUACCUUCAUUAGGUUUGACUAGCGCCGCGGCCUUUGUGCAGUGGACUCUGGAAAAUGACAAAUUUCGUUGGCGAUGUGUUUUUCUAGCAGAUAAAGGUGCUUUCUUCGUUAAUUAUAUUAUUACCUCCGCUCUUAUUGGUACUGCAUUGGAGUUAUUAAGGUUUCCCGAGCUAGCCAUGUAUGCUUUGAGGUUGUCGUUUAUUAAAUCUGAGGCCGAAAAAACGAGCGUUCGCAAGGAAAUUUUGUCUGAGUUUCAAUUUGGUAUACACUAUGCUUGGACAUUGUUAAUAUUUACAAUCAGUACCGUAUAUAGUUUGUCUUGUCCGUUGAUAACACCUUUUGGCUUACUCUAUUUGUCUCUGAAACAUCUUGUGGAUAAAUAUAAUAUCUAUUAUGUUUAUAAACCUAUUGCUAUGUCCACUGAAGGGCAGCACAUUCAUGCAGGUGCUGUUAAAAUGGUAAGAGUUGCUAUACUCUUGUGUCAAGUUAUUCUGACUGCCUUCUUCUUCAUAAGGGACAGUGGAGGAAUGAACGCUAUAACAUAUGUUAUGAUUAUCGGAAUCUGUUUAACUAUUGUUUGUUUCUUUUUCCUAAGUCCCUUUCCUAGUUGCAAGCCGGCUACUACCUCCAAAUCCCAUUUGGCCGCGCAGAGGGAGCAAUAUAUUGCUCCUGUAUUGCUUAGUUCCAGUAGCAUUGAAAAUUGUGUUAUAGACAGAUCUUCUCCUGCCCUCUACGGCUCAGCUAGUCAAGGGAUUGUAAUUCCUGAAACAGGCUCUAGUAAUGCUUGAGUAUUACAUUAUUAUUUCGUUGGCUGUGACGUUAUAAAAUUUAAUUAAUUUCACCCGGAUUGUUUUCCCAAUGCUUUAAAAAUGAUCUGUUUGUAUUGUAAAUAUUCCUGUAAAUUACAUGAAUUAUUUAUAGUACUUUGUAACCGUACUUUGCAACUAACUGUACUGUGAAUCUGUUUUUAUGCCAUGUACUACUGACUAUAUUAUUCUUUUGAAAGUAUUACCUGACUUGCCAUCCAGUUCUAUAUUUAAUUCUAAUUUUAUGAAGCUGAAAAAAUGUAUGCUACACGUAUUUUUAGUUUAGUUGUUUGAACGUUUGUUGUUAAUAUUUUGUUUAAAACUCUACUGUUACGCCCUGAUUAAUGUAUGUUUGAAUUUUCAAACCCAAGUGCCUAUAGAAACUCAUUCUUACCAAUUUGCAACUAUUUAUUCUAAUUAUUUAACCCUUGUCAAUGAGAGACAAUGUUAUAAGGCAUAGGAAUGGUGUCGGUAUUAUCAACUGUGUAAAUAAAAAACUUAUCAUA